UUCACUUUCAGUUUUCUAGUGAAAUUCUAUAUGUUCGGUUAGAAGCUAAAUUACUCAAUUCGAAAUGUUCACAUAAUAAACGUAAUUAUAUUUUUUAUAUUUAAUGACUGUGUCGUAUAAUUAUUAAAGUGCAGUGCUAUCGGGCAAUACGCUCUUCGUUAGAUAAGCUAAUAACAUUAUAACUAAUCUGUGAAAAAUCGAACCAAAGAAUUUGUUCAAAAGUGAUAAGAAAACAAUAGACGUACAGGUGCGCGUUAAUAUUGUUAGAACAAACAAUUACAUUAUAUGUUUCUUUGUUGUUAAACUUAGACUUUGUAUGCUGUUAAAGCAAGAAUUUAAGUUUUGUUUACAUGCAAAAUGUGGCCAUUUGCAUCCAAUAUGAAAAUUGCUCUUCUGCAAUUUUUUUGUUUAAUACUAACAAUUGGAAUAAAUUGUGAAGAAACUAAUCCUUUGGUAUUUGCAACGACGGAAUGUUUUCUAAAGGAGCCAGUUUAUGAACAUAAAUUUGACUUUAGCAAGUUACAUUCAGAUUUUGCACACCAAGCCACUGGCAUGAAUGGUGAUGUCUUCGAGUAUAAUCUCUGUGGUAAUAUGACGCGUACUUGCGAUGGACAGAAAAAUAUUGCAGCGUGUUUAAAAAGAGGCGACAAGGAGUUUGUGCUCGGCACACAACAUCAACUACACUAUAGCAAUGGCAAAAUGUUUUUCAGCUUUCUAAAUGGCGCCAAAUGUCCCACUGGUGUAGCUGAUUUUCAGUUGUAUGUUGCCCUUGGCUGCGAUUACACUUUAGAUGAGAUACAAUCACAUGUGACACAGUAUGCUAAUAAUUCCUGUUCCUUCUACAUCACCUUGGAGUCGCCUGAAGCUUGCUUACCAGAACCAGAUGACGUUAAAGCUAACACGUGUACCUAUACCGAUACUUCAACUGGUCAUGUAUAUAACUUGAUGCCACUCAGUGAUAUGAAUUAUAUUACUACCGAUCGAGCUGGAUCUGCGUUUGUGAUAAAUGUCUGUAAACCAGUGCUCUAUGGCAGAAACAAUAUGUGUCCGGCUGGUAGCAGUGUGUGCUUUGUUUCCUUAAAAGCCACUGAUUAUAAGAAAAAGUACUUUAAUUACGGUACUGUCCAACCAAAUCCUACCUUCGAGAAUGGCAAAUUAGUCAUGCGUCUUAAGUCAGAUACCAUUUGCAAUGGUAAUGAAACUUAUUCUUCGGUUAUAUAUUUUUAUUGCGAUCCAAAUGUUAAGAAUGCUCAUCCGGAAUUUAUUGGUCUGCAUGGUUGCGUAAAUGAAUUUUCGUUUGUCACGCCAUUGGCCUGUAAUAAUUUGGCGCCUUGUACGACCAUAACGCACGGUAAUGAAAUUCUUGAUAUGAGCAGUUUAAAGGAUAAACCGUUCACCUUACAGUUGCAGGAUAAGAGUUAUACAUUCGCUGUGUGUUCCGGUGCAGGGCAGCCGUGCUUGGAAAAUGAUGGUGCCUGUGUCAUAUCGGACAAAGCAUCGAUUAGUCUUGGUCUUAUCAACUCCUAUUUGCGUUUCAAUCAAACAGGCUCUCCAUAUUUGCUGUAUGAAAAUGGGGCAGAAUGUAAUAAGUCCGACACAACAACCACAACAUAUUGGUCAACAAAAAUUGAAUUUGUAUGUGCCAACAAUGCAACCAAAGGCAAGGGUAGCUCUGGAAAUAUCAAUAGUGCUGGCAGUGAUGGUGCUAGUACCGCUGUGCUGGGUCCAAAAAUAAUUGAAAACUCCAACUGUCAACUGUUAAUUCACUAUCAAACGGAUUUGGCCUGCCAGGAGCAGAUUACGUGCAAAGCUAAAGCUUAUGUUGAACAUUCCGAGGAUGGUACCAGCGAGGAGGUAGUCGAUUUAACACCAUUGAUCAGUGCAUCUGAAAACUAUGAGGCGAAAAUUGAUUCCUCGCUUGUAACGGAAAAGCGAGUGGGCAAAACGACAAAGUUUUAUCUUAAUGUUUGCCGUCCAUUAGUACCAAAAUUUGGCUUAGGUUGCCCUGGUGGUUCGGCUGGUUGUAUGGCUGAAGUUGGUACAUCGCCAACACCGGAAAAAGAAAAGAGUCUUGGCUUUCCACUUGCAUCUUUGGUUGCAAUAAAUCGCACAAGUGCUGAAUUACGGUAUCUAAAGGGUGAUACGUGCCCAACGGAUAAAAACUCACAACUCUCGAUGGCUAUCAGAUUUAAUUGCGAUGUUCAUGCCGGACGUGGUACUCCUGUUCUGCAAUCAAUUAGCGAUUGUCAUUAUGAAUUUGAUUGGCACACCAAUGUUAUCUGCCCACCUCACAUGUGUGAGUAUAAACACACUACGUGUGAAAUAACCAACACGGAAUUGGGUGUUAGUUAUAAUUUAAAAAAAGCGACAUUUACUAAGGAUGGAAAAAUGAAAAUUACGAACAAAAACAACCAAUAUGAUUUGAACAUCUGUGCGAGAUUUCUGAAACCAUUAACAGAUUAUACUCAAGGUUUGGUGAAUUUAUUCUUUUCUACAGAAGGUCCUUGUAAAAAUGGUACAGCAAAUGUGCAGUUGCGUUUGAUUUGCAGCAAUUUAACUUGGUUUGACACAGCUUAUGAGGAUAGAAAAGAUUAUAACAAUAAGCGAAAAAAGUGUAAUAAUGAAAAGAAGAAAACCAAAAGAAAAAAAACGAUAAAGAGAAAGAAGUGUAAAAGAAAAACCGUCGAUGACAAUUUUAAAAAGGAAAAAUGGUGUACAAAGUGCCAAUCCAUAUUCAAAGCACGUGCUAAGUACAGAAAAUGA